UUGCCAACUGAGGAUCUUUACGGGAUACUCAACGCGAUGGAAUGGAUCGAAUCGCAAAGUACAAGCCAGGUACUAGAGCUGGGAUUUGCAUUGCUACGGCGUACGGGCAGGGCGGCAUAUGAUUUUGGCGAGGAGUUGUGUUUUAUGCUCUUUCAUGCUGACGAUUUUUGUCAAGCAACUUCUGUUUUGGGGAAUCAGUGUGGCACGACACGAACAUCAUCGUGAUUCUCUUCCUCCGCUUCUUCCUGGAGAGGGGAAGUGCAAUUCCUGUAGAAUCUCACAUAAAGCGGUGGUCAUCAUUCUCAGCAUUGCUCUCACUGCCUCGCUGCCUUCAUUUCCGACACCAAGUAUGGUGUCAUUCGAGACAUGCUAUACGAUAUAAUCUCAGCGCCGCUAAGAUAAGUCCUUGUAUGACGAGAUCAGCACACAUAUAUCAUGACAUUUUCUCGUAGAACACUGUCAAUAUCAUGAAAGAUCGAUUGAGGCUCU